UCGAUUGGUUCUGACUGCUCGUGGCUCGACAAUGGCGGCUACUCAAGCAACGAAUCCGUCUCAGUUGCUCCCACUGGAGCUUGUGGACAAAUGUAUCGGCUCCCGGAUUCACAUCGUCAUGAAAACCGACAAAGAAAUUGUCGGUACCCUGCUGGGUUUUGAUGACUUUGUCAAUAUGGUUUUGGAGGAUGUGACAGAAUUUGAAAUCACACCAGAGGGAAGGAGGAUAACCAAACUGGACCAGAUCCUCCUGAACGGCAAUAAUAUCACCAUGCUCAUACCUGGUGGAGAAGGUCCUGAAGUUUGAAUCACUGAUAGUUUUGUGUUUUGUUUUUCAUAUAUUGUUUAUUAGUUGAUUAUGUCAUAAUUGUUGUUAUUGGUCUUACCUCCUGAUCUUUGAGGGGGAAACAAUUUUUGUAAUAAGGUUCCUAAUUGAGUAUUUGUUUAAAAAAAAAAAAAAAGAUAAAUGAGACGUGCAUCAUUAAUCACACAUUGCAAAAAGGCAGGUUUUGUUACAAAUAAAUCUCUGAAUCUCACACCAUC